UUUUAUUUUUGUAGUGGAAAGAAUUUGAAUUUACCCGCGAUGCUAUCGGACAUUUUCAAAAAUCGAUGGCGAUAAUUUGUCUUCGAUAUUUCAGAAGAUAUAAACAAAAAAAAGCGCGCAAAAUGGACCUUCAACUUAUGAUUUUGGAAACAUCUACGGGAAAACUGCUAUCCGAGUAUCAGUUAAAUUUGCUCAGCAAAAACAACAUCGAGUCCUUGAUCGAUUUUUAUGAGGCGGAUGAGGAGAAACUCCACGAGCUGCUGCUUAUUGAAGUGGAAUCUGUCCGGGUACUGAAGAAGGAAUUGUCGCUGUUGCUGAAAAAGUCCGAGGAGGAAUGCACUCUGGACGUUGAAUAUGGCACGGGAAUAGAAGAGUUGGACAAACUGCUGGACUCCGUGGAACAGCACUUCAAGCCGGGCAGGAUCUGGGAGCUCUGUGGUCAGACCGGCGUGGGCAAGACUCAGGUGAUGUACACCUUGGCACUGAAUUUCGUUUGGAAGCACGCACUGCCAGUACUGUUUAUCGACACCAAGCGCGACUUCUCCUGCCACAGAAUAGAGGUCAUGCUCCGGGCAAGAAACACGGAUUCAGAAACCAGUGGGAGAGCCAUGAAAGACAUCCAGGUGGCGCAGGCUCCCACGGCUGCGGACCUUAUUAAUGUGCUAGAAACGUUUGACCAGCAACUGAUCGCGAAGAUGCAGGCUGCCGUGCAAACGAAAUUUGUGCUUAUUGAUUCCCUGGCAGCUUGCUUCGCCCACUAUCGCGGCAGGAGGAUGCAGUUGCUCAGGCAAUCGCUGCUGGUUGAACUCGCUUGCAAAAUCCGAAAACUGGCCUUCCGGGGUGUGGCCUUCUUGAUUGGCAAUGUUUCCUUUUUUGGAAAAGACGGUAUAAAGUUAAUACGCUUUUAUAUUACGAAAUCAACCGAAACUAUUUACUACGUCGCUCUAACAGAUAAUGGUUUUGAUGACGGCGAGGACAAUGGCAACAAUGAGGACACCUCGACGUCACAGCAGUUGGAGCCAAUGCUGGGUGCCUACUGGAGCUCGGUGUGCACACUGAGAUUGUCGUUGGAGCUGCCAGUGGAGGAGGACAUAACCCUCCAGGACGACGGCCGGCGUCUAUUGCAUGUCAUCUCCAACACCUACGGCCCCGUGGGUGACCACUGCCUGCUGCGCAUCGCGGAGGCUGGCGUGAUUUAG